AUGGUUGCUCAGGAGUUUCUUGCCCAACUCGACAAGUUACACUUUGUCGAUAGCUCAAAUCUACACGAUUUCGCUGAUCGUUGUGCUUACCUUCUCUCGUUUGUGGUCUUGUUUAUUUGCUUCACGAUUGUGACCCUCAAAUCUUAUGUUUUUGAGCCUCUAUCCUGCUAUACAGCCACCACGUUCUCCGGGUCCAAUAUGAUUGCUUAUAUCAAUGCAUUCUGCUGGGUGAAUGGCACGGUUCCAGCAGAUGUGAAUACAAAAAAAAUAGACGAUCCCGUCUACUGGGAUUAUCUUGAAUCCAAGAAAGUCAAUUACUAUCAAUGGGUAUCCCUUGUAUUGGCUCUCCAAGCCAUUAUGUGCUACCUUCCAUCUCUCUUCUGGGAGGCUCUAACAUUCAAUCGUAUUGGAUCUAACCUAACUUUCUACAUUGAAUCCGCUCAGAGUGCCGCUAGGGACUCGGGAGCUAGUCGCAAGAAUAAGGUAGAGUUUUUAGCUUCAGCGCUGGAUACUCUCUUCUAUGCCAGACGUGAAAUUGAAUAUAGUCCAAAAAGGAAUAUUUGUAAUCGCCUUCUGAAGUUCAUACGUGAACUUCUCCCACAUAAGCGUCUGGGCCGCGCUCUCUGCGCCUACUACAUGGUCAUCAAAUUCCUCUACUUGGCAAACGCUGUUGGACAGAUCCUUAUCAUGGAGAGCUUCCUCGGAAUGACCGGGGAGUACAGAUUUUUUGGAUAUAAGGUUCUCAGUGAUCUUUGGAAUGGUCGCUACUGGCAGGAGUCAUUAGUGUUUCCACGUGUCGGCUAUUGCCGUGUACCCAUCAAACUUGUUGGAAAACCUAUCCCAACUGUUGUCGCUCAAUGCACAAUGCCUAUCAAUAUGCUGAAUGAAAAGGUUUACAUCUUCCUUUGGUUCUGGUUUGUUGGUGUAGCUUCACUAGAAGUGGCGAGUAUUUCAAUUUGGAUUUUCCGAUUGUGUGUUCGCAAACGACGUGUUCGAUCACUAAUCCGAUACCUGAAGAUUGCCGAGGCAUAUGAGCAGAACAUGAAAGACUCUAUUGUUCGUUUUGAAAAUGACUGCCUACGUCCCGAUGGUUCAUUCCUUCUAUACAUGCUGAGGCUUAAUGCCGGUGAUAUAAUUACAAAUGAGAUUCUUCAGGCUCUCUUUGAACGGUUCCUCCGCAAUGAGAAAGCACUUGCAGCCAAAAAGAUUCAAGAUAGUGUCAAUGUCAUUUCCUCAAAUCCAAAUCAAAAUAUGCUCAUAGAUGAAAAAGCUGCUGACAUGAGUGCCGUAAAACAACGUUUCGUAUGA